AUGGUAUCUAGCCAAGCAAACGCAAAUGUAACCAAAGGCAUCGCUACCUUCAUACAAGCUUGCAGAUUCUUAGAGAAUGUGGAUAUAGGUGCAUCAUCUGCCCUGCUCAAUUCUGCAGGAGGUCGCCUUGUCCAGCUCAUUACCUCGAAUACAACGGAAAGCCUGAACCCUGAUCUCUACCAACAACUUUUAAGGUCCACGCACCGUUGGAUUGGAGCAUCAUUUAAUCCAGUAGUGGAAGCGAUGCUCUGGCUUCACCACCCUACUGAGCCUACUGCCCUCCCUGGUCUGGGCUACGUAAAGGAACCUGCAAUAACCAAGAUGGUCUCCAACCUUUCACGGCCUCGAAGGCAAUUUGUCGUACGACUUUGCUUGGGCAUCGCACGCCUAUCUAUACAAGAUGAGCGAUACGCAGAUGCACAAUUUGCUAUGCAGUUCACCAAAGACUACUUUCCUGAAAUCGUGCUCGCAGAGGUACAAGCCUCGAAACAAAGAGAGGAAACCUCUGCGCAGAGAGAACGCCGAGAACAGGCGAAUCUGGAGAUGCUAGAUGGCCUGGCCUUGACUUGA